UUUGAAAUGAAUUUGGUUCGCUGGUAUGGGCAGUAGAAUGUUGUCAAAGUAGUUAUUGCUAUUUACCUUGCCGGUUUGAACAUUUUUUGACGCGAUAAUGUAAAGGACUUAAUGAAUUUAGUGUGUUGUGAGGAAACGGCGGCUGAAUUCAUCGAUUAUAAUGCUAUAGCUAGUUUUGUGUAACGUUACUCGUACGCCUAAUUCUAGAGAGAGAGAGAUUGACGUCUCGUGACUCUCGUGACCAUGGACAAAAUAACCAAAGAUGUUGGUGACAUUCAGUCCAGGCUGCUGGACCACAGACCAGUCCUACAGGGGGAGAUCAGGUACUUUGUAAGAGAAUUUGAGGAGAAACGUGGCUUUAGGGAGUGCCGUUUGCUAGAAAACCUGAACAAGAUGGUGGCUGAGACCAACGAACAAGUACUGCCCAAAUACACAGAGUGCAUGCAGGACAAUUUAUGUGACAUAUUUACCCGAUUGGAAGCUGCCAAUCAUAUGACACAAAGGAUCCAGCAGAGGGAGCUGGAAGCCCAGAAUAGCACACGUCUGCAGGAGUAUGUGGAGAGGCGAAGAGUGGACUGGGAAGAGUUCCUAAAGGAGCAGACUCGACUGAAGGAGGAGGUGGAUGAGGAGCAUACUAAAGCUGUGGGCAGACUUAGCACGCAGUACAGUGAGAUGAAGAAGGAUCUUGCCAAGUUCUCCCACUUUUAACAUGCUCCUUGAAUGUUUCGGUUAAUAUACAGUAUUUAUAAAUGUAAUGUCUGUGGUGCAGGGGAACGUGCGGUACGUUUCCCUGCUAACUCUGAUCUUGUUUGAUAACCAGCUGUAUAUUAAAUCCCAUCCUUAUUAACAGCCAUGUCCACCAGUCUGCCUCUAAGUUGAAGAUGGCACAGACUUGGAGCUGUGUGUGAAAGUAGCGUCUGUGCAUGACUCUUCCUGCCACAUACUCAGAACAAGUUUUUGUCUUUAGUUAUAGAGCUGUAAAGAAUUAACAUGAACCUUGCAAGUAUCUGUAAUAUAGAAUUAUCUGGUACAAUGCCUUGUGUUGAUUGCUUUAGCUGUAGGUGAAUGUUCAUAACAUGUUAGUAUAAAUGGCACAUAGUGUUAAGUGAACAUUUCUAUGUUGUUAAUGUUUCUCUCUUGUUAAGGCACUCAUAUUCUGUGCAAAACUUACUUUAUUUAGCACUAUUCCACCGUUAACAAAGCUACUAGGCAGUUUGUUUAUUAGUCAUUUAAACAAGGCUGGAACAAUCAAACAGCCAUGGCCGUCACAUGCUCUUUCAGUUCUACAUAUCUUUCUUCUCACACUUACGUUUAGUUUGUUUGGUUUGUUUUGUUUGUGUGCAUAUUUGUUUAACUUACCAUUACCUAUUUAUUCACUUAAAGUUUUAUUACUUUAAGUGGUAAUCAUUUAGACGUCAGGAACAUUUAAAGUACAAAAAAAGUUGUUUUUUUUUUUUUAAACUUGUAACAGUAGCGGUACCCUUUUUGGUGCUGUCGUAGUGGUUCUCCAACCAGUCUUCAGGGACUGCCCCCCCAGGCAGUCCAGAUUUUUGCUACAACCCAGCUUGCAGCACUUAGAAACACAGCAAAAUGUGGGCUCUUUAGGGGUCCCUGAGAAGUGGUCUGAGAACCACUGCUAUGCAGAACCAUUUUCAUAAAAGUUCUUUAAAGAACCAUAUACAACAGGUUUUAUAUCCUAGAGAAGACCCAUUUAACCAUGCAAAGAACCAUGUAUGCAUUCACAUGAUUUUUUGAGAGUUCAUGGUUCUAUAUGGAACCAUUGCCUUUUCUAAAGAAAUCUUAAGGAACUAUUAUUUCUGUAAAUGCUCAGGGGUGUACAUACCUGGCAUAGAUGACAAAUACAAAAGAUAUUUUGUUGUUUAAAAAGGAAAAUAUCUGUAUAUUUAUUCAUUACAGUUUAAACAAAGUCAGAGUGGUUUGAUGUGAAAUGCACCAUUCUAGAGGAACUUGGAGCAAUUUCUGCACAACAGUGGUGAUAGGAACCAGAAAGCUGAAGCAUUCAGUGUCUCUAAAAGCCGCCUCACUCGCUGUUACAGAAAAUGUUUACAAACGUUGCCUGAUGCCUGAGACAUUUUACAAUUGUGUUAUGAUAGUUUUGAAAUACAGUUUUGGCCUGAAACGCAUUUUUAAAAAUACAUUCAUGGUGGAGAGGAGUAUGCAUUGCAUUUUAAGGCAAAAUAGUACCCAAAGAAAACAUUUUUUUUUUCAGAUUUACCCCUACGUAGUAUAUAAAAUAUUUGAAGGCGUGUAGGUGCGCUGGUAGGUUUGGAUAGCAAAUCCAUGCCUAUAUUUUUUUUUGGAGACAUCGCAACUGUAAAGAAAUCAGAAGUGGGUAAGCACUUCCAAUCAAACCACUCUGACUGACUUUGAAAAAAAUCAGUGAAAUUUCUCUUUAAAGUCCGUGUGUCUAUCAGAGUACUAAAAAACUGGAGACGUGCAACAUGCUGUAUGCCAAGAAUGUGAAAUAAUAUCACAUUACAGAAAUGCCAUUUUAUUAUUAACAGAGCUGGUGAAUAAAUACUCAGUUUCAACUCUCUCCAGCUGCUGCAAAUGACUGAGGAAAAAAAGCUAGCUGCAAUAUAUUGUAUUUUGACCCUGCUAGUGUUUAAGAAGUUGGAAUUAGUUGGAUUGUUAGUGUUCUAAGGGUACAGAAUAUUCCUUACUGACACUAGCUAGUUACAACCAUAUCUAAGAUGUAUAUGCCUUUUUUUCUGUUUAAAACUGCCACUUCUGCUGGCUCUGUGUAGUAUAUAGACCUAAUAAUGUUGUCCUACACAAGGGUGCUGUAAAACUACUGUAGUACUGUUUAAUCAGCCUACAAAAUGACAUUUAUGACCUUCACUACUGAGUGGGCAGAAAAAUAAACUGUGAUUUCAGAGAAGAUAGAAUUCAUUGGUCCCUGUAAUUAUAAAGUUGAUUAAACAAAAUAUCAAAAAUUGUCAACCAAUCACAUUACAUAAGUAAACCAAAGACAAUGGUAACAUC